GCUCCCACCCUGCUCCGCCAUCAUCCAGUCCUGGACAAUAAGGAGGAUUAAAAAUAAAGCCAAGAAAACAAUCAUGGGAGAGCUGGUGUUUGACAGCAGCCUUAACCUGAGUCAGUGUUUAUAAUGAUUAAAUAUGAUGGAAAGCGAGAGCGGCGGGAUGUCGGGGUCUGCUGAGAGGCGGUACAGCCGUUUUUUCAUUGACAAUCAGCUGAUGGUGUUGAGGGACUGAGUGUGUGUGUGAGAGAGAGAAAACGACUCGUGUGUCUCGUGCUUGCGAAUCUUAGUUUAAAAAUCACGACGUCUCAGUUCGUCUGAACAUUAAGCGAUGAUCUAUGGCUUGAUGUUCAAAUGAAGAUUCUUUGUGUUGACUGAAGAAAGAAGCAGCAUUUUUUCCCCUCAUCAGGCCGGAUACUGAGCUAGCUUUAGCUUUAGCUAGCUGCAGCAGAGACACCACGGCGCUGACCAUGCCAUCGAGUGUGCGAGCCGGGAGUCUGAAGGACCCGGAGGUGGCUGAGCUCUUCUUCAGGGAAGAUCCAGAGAAACUCUUCACAGACCUCCGCGAGAUUGGCCAUGGCAGCUUCGGGGCCGUCUACUUUGCCCAUGACAUCCGCACCAAUGAAGUGGUGGCCAUUAAGAAGAUGUCAUACAGCGGCAAGCAGUCAAACGAGAAGUGGCAGGAUAUCAUCAAAGAAGUGAAGUUCCUUCAGAAGCUGCGGCACCCCAACACUGUGGAGUACAAAGGCUGCUACUUGCGAGAGCACACAGCAUGGCUGGUGAUGGAGUAUUGCUUGGGUUCAGCCUCUGAUCUGAUAGAAGUGCACAAGAAGCCACUGCAGGAAGUAGAGAUUGCAGCGAUCAUUCAUGGUGCUCUGCAGGGCCUGGUGUACCUCCACUCCCACAACAUGAUUCACAGAGAUGUUAAGGCUGGAAAUAUCCUGCUGACGGAGCCGGGGCAGGUGAAAUUGGGAGAUUUUGGCUCUGCUUCCAUCGUGGCACCUGCCAAUUCUUUUGUAGGCACGCCCUACUGGAUGGCUCCUGAGGUGAUCCUGGCUAUGGAUGAGGGCCAGUAUGAUGGGAAAGUGGAUGUGUGGUCACUUGGCAUCACAUGUAUAGAGCUGGCGGAGAGAAAGCCUCCCUUAUUUAACAUGAAUGCUAUGAGUGCCUUAUAUCACAUCGCUCAGAAUGAAAGCCCAGUCCUGCAGUCGAAUCACUGGUCGGAUUAUUUCCGAAAUUUUGUGGACUCCUGUCUACAGAAGAUUUCCCAGGACAGACCUACCUCUGACGUGCUGCUCAAGCAUCAUUUCCUGUGUCGUGAGCGUCCUCUGACUGUGGUGAUGGAUUUGAUUGCGCGCACUAAAGAUGCUGUGCGAGAGCUGGACAACCUACAGUACCGCAAAAUGAAGAAGAUACUCUUCCAAGAAACGCACAAUGGUCCUGCUGCAGAGGGCACUGAGGAGGAGGAGGAUGUGGAGCAGUACAUGCUGCGCACAGGCACAGUGAACAGCAUGGAGAGCUCGCACUCACUGCCUUCCAUGUCGAUCAGCGCCAGCUCACAGAGUUCUUCAGUGAACAGCCUAGCCGAUGGCUCGGAUGACAGCGGUGAAAUGGCCAUGAUGCAGGAAGGAGAGCACACGGUCACUUCCAACAGCUCCGUAUUGCACAAACCACUGAGCCAUGAUAACAUCUACGAUGAGCCCUACCAGCCCGAGGUGGACUCUCAGCAGCAAGGUCCAUCCGGAGGUGGUGGUGGAGGAGGGGGGAGGCGUCGUCGAGGCCGUGAUCACUUUGCCACCAUCCGCACAGCUUCACUGGUGACGCGUCAAAUCCAGGAGCAUGAGCAGGGUUCAGCACUCCGAGAGCAAAUGACUGGCUACAAGCGUAUGCGCCGCCAGCACCAGAAGCAGCUGAUGGCCCUGGAGAACAAGCUGAAGGCUGAGAUGGAUGAGCACCAGCUGCGGCUGGACAAAGAGCUUGAGACCCAGAGGAACAACUUCAGCAGUGAGAGUGACAAGUUCAGCAAGAAGCACCAGGCCAUACUAGAGAAAGAGGGUAAGAAUGCUACAGCAGAGGAAAAGAAGUUCCAACAGCACAUCUUAACUCAGCAGAAGAAAGAGCUUACUACUCUACUAGAGUCUCAGAAACGCCAGUAUCGACAACGCAAAGAGCAGCUCAAAGAGGAGCUGAAUGAGAACCAAUCCACCCCAAAACGGGAGAAGCAGGAGUGGCUGGUGCAGCAGAAAGAGUGUCUGCAGCAGCAUCAGGCUGAGGAAGAGGCAGGCUUGCUGCGACGCCAGAGGCAGUAUUAUGAGCUGCAAUGCCGCCAGUACAAGAGAAAGAUGUUGCUGGCCCGACACAACUUGGAGCAGGACCUGCUCAGAGAGGAACUGAAUAAGAAACAGACACUGAAGGACCUGGAGUGUGCGAUGCUGCUGCGGCACCACGAGUCCACACAGGAGCUAGAACUGCGUCAGCUGGGUCUGGUGCAGAGAACGCGGGCAGAGCUGAUUCGCACACAGCACCAAAGUGAACUCACCAACCAGCUUGAAUACAACAAGCGGCGUGAACAGGAGUUGCGCCAGAAACAUGCUGUCGAAGUCCGCCAGCAGCCGAAGAGCCUCAGAGUGAGUGAGCGUGACGGCAUGGAGAGCAGUGGGGAGGGGAUUGAGAAUUCAUGCAGUGAGCUGCUACAAGAAAGGGUGGAAGAGGUUUUUGAGGGAGUGGAAAGGGAAGAGGAUGAGAGCAUGUUCUGUGGAGAGCAUGCUCCAUCUGUGGAAGAGAGAGCACAGGAGGCAAAGAGUGUAAAAUUUGAUGAAACUGAGAAAAGAGGCAGGGAGGGUUUGGGUGGAGGGAGGGGUGAUGAAGGAAGUAGUUUGCAUUCUUUAGAUCAGCAUGGCAGAGAAAAAGAUGCUGAUGGACAGACAGAAGAGGAGAUUAUGUUUGAACGUGGCAAAGAAGAAAACGUGGAUGAGCAGGAGAAGUGCCACAGUUUGGGGGGAGAAAAUAAAGAAUGGCAGCUGGAGGAGAGAGGGGAGGACAAAGGUUUAGGGGAUGAAGGACUAGUAGAAGGCCUGCAGUGGGAUAAGGAGGAUGAUGUAAGCAGUGAGAUCGAGACUGAGGAAGAGGGUCGAGGCAUGGCUGACGGCUGUCCGUCAGAGCUUAUCCCUUCCGCUUCUCUUGAAAUCCCUCAACGAGAUGAACUUUCUGAAUUCUACUUCCCUGACACUCUCGAGGAACUGGAACCUCCUCCUAUCUGCCCUCCUCCCAACCCCUCCAUUUCUCAACCAUCAUUCCCGUCACUCUUUUCUCACACCAUAUGUCUUGUCCUCUCCCUCUCUGCAGCAGCCAAACCAUCCUUCCCAACCCUCCUAUUCCUCUCUAUCUUCCUUCUCUCGCUUCGCCGCUCUCCUCCUCUUCCCUCCCUUGCAUCCCUGGUUCUUUCAGCUGAGCUGGCCUUCUUGGCUCUCUUUUUCUCCUACCUGUUCCUUCGCUCACUCUGGUCGCUCUCCAUUUCUGCAUUCUUCUCACUCGUGCUCUGGGCAUCGGGCCUAUUCAGCAUGGGCCUGGCACUGAGUUUGGGCCUCUAUUACGUUCCUUUAGCCCUGAUCUCUGCUUUCUUCCUCAGCUCGCCUUCACUCUUCCUUUCCCUAUACUUGCUCUUGGUGCUGGUGGUGCGUCCAGCACGCGUCUUCUUCCAGAACGCGCCCCGAAAGCUCGCCCGGUUCUGGGUACGUCUACUCUUCCGUCUCCCAAAGCCACUGUUCACUCUGUGCCAGUCACUCACGGGUGGCAUGGCUGAGCGCAGCCUCUUCGGUAUGUUUCCCAAAGCAGGACGUAAUUGUGGUGGUAGGCACUCCCGCAUACCUGUGCCUGCCCGGAGUCUUCCUACCGAGUUCCAGGCCAAGCCUGAGUCUUGCGUUUACAUUUGGGUCAAGCGUUUUGCUCGGCGUCCCCUAGGGGUUUUAGCAGAUCUGGCUAAUUCGCUAGUGCUGCGUUUAGCAAACCGAAUACUGAAAGAGCUUCCUGCACAUUAUCUGAGCAGACUGAGGGCUUUAGGGCUUUUAAGAGAGGAGAAGCUGAGCAGGCUGCCCCGGCUCCUCCCACGUGAAGUGAGGGAACAGAAGCGCAGGAUGAGGGAGAGGAGAGAGAGGGACCGAAGAAGGAGGGAGCGGGAAAUGAUGCACAGAGAGGAAGGGAGGUGGGAGAGUGGGCUGAGGAGGACGUCCUCAGGAAGGAGUACAAGAGGGAAGAUUGUGCCAUGGAGGUAGAUAGAAAACAUGGUAAUUUCAUUACCUGGGGAGUAUAUUUAAAAAAAAAAAAAAAAAAGGAAUUGCCAAAGUAUUUGCUGUCUGUCUGAGUGACUGAUCAUUCGUGCUGAAUAUUCUUUUAUAUUUUUUUUCCAUACGUUUUUGCACACUCAGAUUGAGCCUCAUGUGUUUACUGGCUUUAAAUCACCCCUUUACAUCCUGUCUGUCCAGCUCCCGUAUUCACUCUCCGUCAGUCAGUGAAUAUAAAGUAUUAAUCAAGAUUGUGCUUUUUGUAAAAGUUUUACUGUCUUAAUUUUAAUCAUUGAAUUUUUUUUUUUGUUCUUAAUUACUAAGAAGUAUGUCUUAUGGUUAUUAUUUCAUGACCAUGUUUGUGCAAUUUUUUCCCCCACCCUUCCCUUUUGCGUUGGUGUGCUUUUGAAGGGUUUCAGAAAAGUUGCUAGAAUUACAGUGCAUUUCAAAAUGGCAGUCGGAGAAUAAUGAUUGAAGCCAUAGCUACGGUUAUUAAAAUACAGAUUGUAGCACCCACUGUGAAAACUGUACUGUAAUUUAACUUUUUACACUAUGGAGCACACCAUGAAUUCUUAUACACUAUAAACUUUGAUACAAAUGCUUACUUUCUGAGCGAUCACAGAGACCGCACCCAUUUUGACUGGUAAUGACGACUGCCUUAGUGUUAGUGACUACUUUUGAGGCCAUACUUUAAAACAAACCCUUCUGUUUUGCUUUUGUCAUUUGGCCCUUUCCUUCUUGAGAUCUCUUGAACCCUUAACAAGGAAGUUGGUGAGUUUCGAAUGCGGCUUGUAAGGAAAAUGCUUCAGAACAGAAUGAUGCUGUUAAAAAGUCUGGACUAUUUGCCUGUUUUAAAGCCAGAUCAGCACAGAUCUGAGAGAAAUGUUUCAUGUCUCUAAGCCUACAUGUACCUGUAUAGAAUGCCUAUAUGAGAGAAUGCCUUCUGGUUGAUUUGAGGACCGGGCUAAAUAGCGAAGACGAUCCGAAUUAUAGUAGUGUUGUGCUUUAUGGUAAUAAGUUUAAUGAUUUGCCAUGUAUUGUGAUAGACUGGUGUCCUAUCCAGGGUGUGUUCCCACUUCGCACCCAGGCGAGGCUCCAGAUUCACUGCAAUCCGAACCAGGAUAAACGGUUACUAAAGAUGACUGAAUGAAUGAUUUACCAUGUAAACAUUUUAGUCAGAUGCUUUUAUAUGAAGACAAAAUAUUUACUGUUGAACAGCAAAUAUUCUACAUGUAUCACAUUAUUUCAUCAUUUGUUUAGCUGUUUUGUUCCGAAGGCUAAGCCAUUACGGCAGCUCUGUGGGAUGUGCCGAUGAUGCAAAGUCAUACCAAAGAUCUCUAAAGCCAUAAAAUCCAUAUAAGAAACGAGACGCUUUAUUACUGGAUAAAUAGAUCUUGCACUGUUCUAAUCUUAAAUGGUCUCGAUUAAAACUUGAAAAAAAAAUUUAUUUUUUAAAAAAUGGAAUGACCCAACAUAUAGUACAAGAGUAGAUACAAAUCAAGAAGGAUGCUUUGUUUUAUUGGAACAAAUUUGAAUUGAUAUCCGAGCUACACAGAAGCAAAUUUGACCAAAUGUGAAGCAUUAUUUUUGUGAACCACAGUUGCAGUUCAGCCAUAACAGUUGUUUUUGAAUGUAAAUUUUUGUGAACAUCUUUUUGUUUACAUGUUCUGUUGUCUAUUCUUUGAAUCAGUAAUUAUUUAACUAAUAUAUUUGUGCUUUUUUUAUUUUAAACUUUUAGUCAAGCACCUUGUGUUUUCAAGGCCAUUGUGUGUGCAUUUCAUCCUCACUGUGUGAAUGAAUGGAUGUUCACUGUAUUUAAAUAUAAACCAUUAUUUUCUUAUGUCUUU